AUGCUCCGGCAAUUGGCCAAAUCAGGCACUCUUCGGCGCCUGUUUCUGUGCAAACCAGCUCUUAAUGCCAGAAGCGGAAACUCAGCGCCGGAUACCAAUCCCGAAAGCCAUCUCAUCCAUGAAAACGGCCUCUACUAUGGUAAAUUCACCAAGAAAGAGUAUGACGAAGCCAAGGCUUACGUGACCACACAAUACCAAAAGUUAGAGAAAGAAAUCAAAGGCACGCACAAUGUGCGCGAAAACUUAGGCAAAAUUCCCCAAUUUCCGUCCAAAGAACCCCGGAAGCAGGUGACUGACCUUCUGACCUUCUUUCAAGAGACAAUCAAGACGACUGGUCCGAUCUCGCUUUCUGCAUACAUGAGGCAAUGUCUUACACAUCCUAAGUUUGGAUAUUAUACCACCAGAGACCCUCUCGAUAGUCUGUCAGGAGACUUUAUCACGUCGCCAGAGAUCUCGUCUGUAUUCGGUGAGAUGAUCGGGAUUUGGCUCUACACAGUGUGGGAGUCGCAAGGAAGACCGCAGAAAAUCAACUUUGUGGAAUUGGGACCUGGUAAAGGCACAUUGAUGGCUGAUGUGUUGAGAGUUUACUCUAGAUUUGUCUCGCAAAGAAACGUAGAGCUUCAAUGUAGCAUUGUCUUAGUUGAGGCAUCACCCGUGCUCCGAGAAAAACAAAAAGCUGCUCUAUGUUCCACUGACGAUAAACUCGAGAAGGAUGCGAAUGGUUUCUACACUUCGACUUCGAAAUGGGGCUACGAGGUGAAAUGGGUUGAUACAGAAAAAGACAUUGAUGUGAAGACUGACGAGUGCAAUUACAUAUUGGCCCACGAGUUUUUCGAUGCUUUGCCAAUCAAAUCGUUUGUAAAUACUGAUAAGGGCUGGAGAGAACUUCUUGUGGAGCACUCGCCAUCUGUGCUCAACACUCAACAAAAACUUCCAUCUGAUGAGCAAUCCGUUCCUACAGAAACACCUGCUGAGUUGGACACGGAAUUCCACCUUACUGCCUCUCUUAAAGAGACACCAUCUUCUACAAUCCCAAGCAUUAGUGAUAGAUUCAAGGAUCUUCCAGUGGGCACACGUAUUGAGGUUUGUACCGAUGCCGAAUUUUACAUGUCUCAAAUUGUCAAAUUGGUCCAAUCAAAUGAGAACAAGCAAGGUGCCGCAUUGAUCAUUGACUACGGUUUGGCCGACGAAAUUCCACUGAAUUCUGUUCGUGGCAUCUACAAGCACAAGUUUGUAUCACCAUUUUUCAAACCUGGAGAAGUGGAUUUGUCGAUCGACGUUGAUUUCGCAAACUUGAAACUUCUAGCGAAAGACAGAGUCGAUGUACACGGUCCUGCGGAACAGGGGGACUGGCUCCACGAGAUGGGAAUCGGACACCGUUUUGACCAGCUCAUUAAGAGCGCCAAUCUGAUGGCUAACAAAGAGCUGUUGUACGAGUCGUAUCUUCGUCUCACCUCGAAAGAUGAAAAGGGAAUGGGUAAGAUUUACAAGUUUUUAGGACUUCUUCCUUCUGGACUGACAAAACCUGCAGGGUUUGGUGAAAAGUAA